AAACAAAAAUUUGAAUAGCUAGCUGUGUUUUUUUUUUUCUUAAUAUCUACCGAAAGACUUUAUAUUCUUAAUAGAUUUCAACCAUAAUACCUACACACAUCUACCAUGCUUCUUCAAUGUAGGCGACAUGUUCAUAAAAUCAUAACAGAUGCAUCCUUAGCUAAAGUAAUGCCUCAAAUGAGGCAUCCGUCUAUGCUACGUUUGGCAACCACCACCUCGACAACGCGACCACCGCAGGACGACGAACCUCGACGACCAGCUGUAACCAAGUAUAAAGCUUUAUCGAUACCUACUUUAAAAGAUCUUCCACAAUUGUACAAGGAACUUGUCAAGGCAAAAUUGGCGGGCCUAGUCGCCUUGACAGCUAUGGCAGGUGUGGCCAUAGCCCCGGGCACAGAUGUGUCAACGUUACUGUAUACCACUGCAGGCACUGCACUGUGUAUUGGUUCAGCCAAUGCCAUCAACCAGUGGAUUGAAAUUCCUUAUGACGCACAAAUGCUUCGAACUCGAAAUCGUGUUCUUGGCCGCCGCGCUUUGUCACCGUUUCACGCUUGGGCUUUCGGUAUCACCACUGGCAUUGCUGGUACAGGCUUGUUGGCUACCAUGGUCAAUCCUCUCACCGCUGCUCUCGGUGCGCUCAACAUUUUCAUUUACACUGGCAUUUACACUCCUAUGAAGCGUGCUUCCAUCGCCAACACCUGGGCUGGCGCUGUGGUGGGUGGUAUUCCACCUAUGAUGGGAUGGGCAGCGGUCACCAACUCCUUGGAUGCCGGUGCAUGGGUUCUAGGAGCUAUUGUGUAUGCUUGGCAAUUUCCACACUUUAAUUCCUUGGCCUGGAAUUUACGUGCUGAUUAUUCCAAGGCGGGUUAUCGCAUGAUGUCUGUCACCGACCCCAAAUUGAAUGCUAGAGUGUCCUUGCGAUAUAGUGCUCUCAUGAUUCCACUCUGCCUUUCCAUGCCUUACCUUGGCCUUACCACCUGGUGGUUUGCCCUGGACUCUACCAUCGUCAAUGGCGCUAUGCUGUUGGGAGCUUACCGGUUCUGGCGCCAGAGCAACGAAAAGACUGCACGUCAACUCUUCUUUGGAAGUUUGCUCAACCUUCCACUCAUCCUUGCUUUGAUGAUUCUUCAUAAGGAACAUCCACAACCUAUUUACAAUGACCAAGAUCUGCUUGAGGAUGAUGAAGAAUGGGUUGAGGAGUAGAUGCAUUUUUUUAUAUGUGUAAAACAUCCUGUUCGUCCAUGCCACGAAUUUCAACGAUAUAGACGCCUAAAGGCAUUAGUCGAAAUAAACUGAUUGUACA